UCGGAAGCUAAGUUACAGAUCAUCACGUCACAAUUCCUCAACGGCCUCUAUCAUCCGCCCCUGCUACUUGUUUGUUUGACCUUUCGACUCCCUCAGAACUUGUCCUUUCUCUGACUGACUUUGUCUCUCCUCGCGUCAGCUUAUCCCCGUCAUGUCUGAUUCUCGAGGUGGCCAACAACGAGGCCGUGGUAGAGGCGGUGAUCGUGCCAGAGGCGACCGUGGACGGGGGUAUCGUGGAGGUGGAGGCGGCCGUGGCUCUUUCGAUCUUCCCUUUCGUCCAGGAAACGAUGGGAGAGGCGAUAGCAGGGGUCGUGGCCGUCCCAGAGCUUCCGAUGCAUUCCGUGGCGCUCGCGCGCCCCGCGGUGGACGAGGUGGCUAUGACGGCCCGCCAGUCUUCUCUCCCGGGGGAGACCUCAAACCCAACCCCCAGGUCGAAAAGAAGGAGGAUGAGAUGAUCAAAGCAUUGAUCAAGGCACCGCCCCCGCCCGAAGAAAAAAAUUUUCCUGUGCGUCCCGGCUACGGUACACGGGGAAAGAGAGUCGAUUUAUUCGCCAACUAUCUCCACCUCAAGUCGAUCGGUAAAACCCUCUACCGCUAUCGCGUCGAGAUUCUGGAAGACCGAUCCGUCAGGAAGCCCACCGGCAAGAAGGCAAAGCAGGUCAUCAAGCUGUUGAUUGAGGAGCAUUUUGCUUCACAGCGAAAUGGCGUUGUCACCGACUUCGUCUCCACUCUCAUCUCCCGGAAUGAGCUCCUGGAGGAAGCUGAGGUCGAUCGCACGUACGACGUCCGCUACCGGGAUGAAUACGACGAUGAAUAUCAGGAGCAACCGAAGGUCUAUCGGGUGAAGUGUCAGCACACCGGCAUUCUGGAACCGUCUGACCUUUUGGACUACCUGACCUCGGCCCAUGCGACGGAUAUGUUCGCAAAGAAGCCGGAGAUUCUCCAGGCUAUGAACAUUGUCCUGGGCCAUCCACCCAAAGUCGACCCGAAUGUUUACUCAGUGGGUGCCAAUAGACACUUUGCGAUCGCCCAUGGUCAGAAAGAGGGUUACAACCUCGGAGACGGGCUCGAGGCUCUUCGUGGGUUCUUUGUGAGCGUCCGUGCCGCAACUAGUCGCCUGCUCGUCAAUGUUCAAGUCAAAUAUGCGGCCUGCUACCAGGAAGGCGCACUCGCGACCCUGAUAACCAGUUACCAACCUCACCGCUUCGAAUUCCACUCCCUGCAACGUUUCUUGAAGAACCUGAGAAUUCGGGUAACACACAUUGAACGCAAGAAUAAGCGGGGAGAACUCAUUCCACGAUUCAAGCGAAUUGCUAGUCUGGCUAACACGGGAGAUGGCGCAUCGCUGCCCCAUCCUCCGAUAGUCCCUCGUCCGGGAGCCGGUCCCAAUGAUGUGAAAUUCUGGUUGGACGAAGCUGGCCAACAGUCAUCGCAGCAGAAGCCGGCAUCCUCGAAGAAGAAGGGCGGCAAAAAGCCAGUCACAGCGGGGCCUCCGCCAGCUGGAAGAUACAUUAGUGUAGCGGCCUUUUUCGAUGAACAUCACAAUAUCAGAAAUUUGGAUGCCCGAAUGCCAGUGGUGAAUGUUGGGAGCCGCGAAAAUCCCAGUUAUUUGCCCGUCGAAGUCUGCAACGUCGAACCAGGUCAGCAAGCAAAGACCAAGCUGAGUCCCUUCCAGACAAGGCAAAUGUUAGAAUUUGCAGUCCAUCCCCCGCCAUUUAAUGCCCAGUCGAUUGUGAAUAAUGGAACUCGCAUCCUUGGACUCGGUGCUGCUCCAAAUGCUACAUUGAAAGAGUUUGGUAUUCAAGCAGAUCCCCGACUCAUCACAGUGCCCGGCCGCAUCCUCGAUGCUCCUCAAAUCUUCUACAGAGACGCGAAUAACAAAGAGAAGCAAAUCCCGCCCAGCGGUGGCAGCUGGAAUAUGAGGUCCAUCAGAUUCUCAAUCGGCUCUACCUUGGGUUCCUGGGCCUGGGUUUUCCUGGACUCCAACCCAACUAGAGCCCCCACGCGCGAGGUACUUGGGGCCUGCCUGCAACAAUUCGUGACGAAGCUGAGAGAAGUCGGGGUUCAGGCUAACCCCCCUAAAGGCGGAGAGCACGUUGUUCUCGCUCGCCGUGACGUGGAUGGUGAGAUUGGUGGCGCUGUCAAGAGGCUGAUGGCCGCUCAUAAACCUACCAUGAUUCUUGGCAUUCUUACCGACCAAAGCACGGACGUUUAUAACUGCAUGAAGCGAGUCUGUGACGUUCGGGAGGGUGUCCGCAAUGUAAACGUGCUUGUCAAAAACUUCACGAACGAAAGGGGCCGCGAACAAUACCUCGCCAACGUCGGCCUGAAGGUCAAUCUGAAGCUCGGGGGUGCGAAUCAGCUGAUUCCUAGAGAGCUGGGGAUAGUGAGCAAGGGCAAGACUAUGCUUGUUGGUAUCGAUGUGACUCACCCGUCUCCUGGGUCAUCCACAAAAGCCCCUAGUGUUGCGGGAAUGGUCGCCUCGGUUGAUUCUUACUUGGGUCAAUGGCCAGCAGAACUCCGGAUCCAGACAUCGCGCCAAGAGAGGGUCAGUGAGUUGGACACGAUGCUGAAAGCUCACCUCGGCCGGUGGGCUAAGACCAACAAGGGUCAGUAUCCGGACAACAUCAUCGUAUACCGCGACGGAGUCUCUGAAGGGCAGUAUGAAAUGGUUGUCCAGGAAGAACUGCCUCUUCUCAAGAAGGCUUGCCAGCAUAUGUAUUCAAAGACGGAGUCCGCCAAAGGGCUGCCACGGAUCUCGGUCGUGGUCGUUGGCAAGCGGCAUCACACGCGGUUUUAUCCUACGCGUGAAGAGGACGCGGAUGGCUUCCUGAAUCCCAAGAACGGCACCGUGGUCGACCGCGGUGUGACGGAAGCCCGCAACUGGGAGUUUUACCUACAGGCUCACACUGCUCUCAAGGGCACCGCUCGCCCGGCGCACUACUUCACUGUUUGGGACGAGAUCUUCUGUCGAGAGAAGCCCAAGGAGGGGCAGAACACAGCUGACAUCCUGGAAGACCUCACGCACAAGAUGUGUUAUUUGUUCGGACGGGCGACCAAGGCCGUGAGCAUCUGCCCCCCAGCAUAUUAUGCCGAUCUGGUCUGCGAGCGAGCGCGAUGCUAUCUGUCUGACUUGUACAAUGCGACACCGACCGGUAGCGUCGUCACCGGCGUUGGGGGUGGGGGUGGUGCUGAUACCGUGGACGGUGGCAGGGUCACCAUCCACCCCAACGUCAAGGAUACGAUGUUCUAUAUUUGAGGCUUUCUUGGCGAGUUGGGGUAAUUGGCAUGUUGAGUGAUGUUUCGCACGAGAUGUUGGGAGUUGCUUUUUGAAUGGCACAAUGUGCGAUUGUUGUAGCGAGCGUACAGUUCUGUUCUGGGUCUUAUGAGACGGAAUGCUCAUAUGCUGGUCAUAUUUCGGGUUUAAAUGCAGAUACGGUCUUAGUUGCACACAGAAUGACAUUUACUGCCUGCUUUCUAGUA